AUGAUCCUGCCUCGCGAACAUGAGACGCCUUUUAACAAGGCACCGGUGAUUCGGGCGGUGGCGGCGCUGCUCAUGGUGAUUGCGAUUCUCUCGGCCGUCACCCGGAUCGUCACUCGAUUCCUCACCGUGGGAGCGUUCAAGAAAGACGACCAGCUCGUCGCAGCAGCCACAGUAGUAGUCAUUGCGCAGUCGGCCGCCGUGAUAUCUCAAGGGGCGAACGGCCUAGGCAAGCUCGAGAGCCUUGGCCCCGAUCAGGUAUCGUACAUCUUAAAGAGUCACUACGCAUCCGACAUCCUGUACAUUGCCGCAUUGCUGUUAUCCAAAGUGUCUGCAACGAGGACACUCUGGGGCAUGGCGCCGCGAGAGCGCAGAAAAGCAAUCUGGGCCAUUGAGGCACUCAUUGCUGCUUGGGCCUCAUCGUCUAUUCUCGCGUCACUGUUUCAGUGCUCGCUCCCGCAGCCGUGGGACUUCGUUCACGGUCAAUGUUUCAAUCGGUCAAUAUUUUGGAUCUACGUCGAUGCCCUCAACAUCGUAACAGAUCUCGCCAUCACAGGCAUCCUCGUCGAGAUGUUCAUCAAGCUCAAAACAUCUACGUCCAAAAAAAUUCUAGUCAUCGGUGUAUUCGGAUGUCGCGUCUUCAUUAUUCCUCCGAUUGUCUCACACAUGUACUACUUUAAGCGUAUCGCCGACUCACCGAACCCCCUCUUCGACAUGUGGCAGCCCACAGUCAUUGUGCAGGUCAUCCAAUGCCUCAGCAUCAUGGCGACCUGCAUCCCCUACCUCAAGCCCUUCAUGGACAGCCUCAAUUCCGGGCAGAUGGCCGCCGGCGACUAUCGCGGAACCAGGAGCAAGGGCAGCAACAGCAGGAGCCAGAGCGCCUACGCAUCUGCUCGCAUGAGCCGGCCGCCAAGGAGCUUACGAGGCACAGGGGCAGGUAUUACGUCCAUUGCCACUCGGGCCUCCCACAGAUUACAAAAGUACGAAAUGAUGGACAUGAGCGCUAAUCACGACCGCGCCGGUGGGGUUGAGGAGAAUAUUACUACGGUCACGGCGGGGAACAAGGAGGAUGCCAGUAACAGCCCUAACAACAGGUCUUGGGAUGGGCAGAGCCACACGAGCCAAACGGUGCUCGUUCAAUCAACGUGGCGUGUAGACGUCGAGGAGAGUGGCAAGGAUGAAAACUAUGCCACCGCGGCAAAUACCAAAUAA